AUGCUCUUCCCAUCUCUUCGAAAUGUCGGUCUUUUCGUCGUUGGGACCUUCCUCGCUGUCAACCCUUCACUCGGUGUUUACGACAUUUCGGCACCUAAGGAGCCGCUUGGCCCGCUCAAGGUGACCCUCGACUAUGGCCUUGCAACAACCUGGCCCACGCGGCAGGACCUCCAAAAUACCAAUAUCAGGCGCAAUUGGCAAUGGAGCACCCACAUUGUAUUCGCGAGUCCUGUCGGGGAUUCUGAUGCGAGCCAGCCGGCGAUCUCAGACGGGCAGCUCUGGCAGAUCGCGCAAGAUGCCAUCGAGGAAAUGAGUCGCGACCGAAUUCAAUAUGGCAUGGUCCCAAGGGCCGAGCCUAAUGCCAUGGGAAUUCUGGCAUGGGGUAACGAAAUAAUCCUUGCCUCCUCGAUGAAAGGAGCAGGCUCUUUCUCCUAUGACUUUCGUAGCGGCGAAACUCCGGUCGGCGAAAGUCUUCAGCGUUGCCAAAUAGUCUGGAGAGAUAUCAGCUCAUCUGACAAAGAUCAGACGCUUACGCACAAGAACAAGGGCAAUUGCGCAGAGCCUAUGGCUGCCCAUCUAUAUUAUAAAAAUAACGGCAAGAACCUGCAAGAUCAAAAAGCCAGAAUUGCCACUUGGGUCAAAGUGCGUACUUGGGCUAAGACAGAUCCAUGUGGAACUGGCGAGGAGGACUUUUGGGGAUGCAAUCUUUUCACUAGCGACCAGGGGCUUAAAGUCUUAAGUACCGACACGCCUUCUGAGCCCUACACUCUGGCAAACCUUGCAGGAGGCCCGAUCCGUCAGGAGCAGAUUCAGUUAUGCGGGGGUCCGCCUAGAGUGUUCGUUGGCUAG